UGACUGUCAUGCACACUUGCAUGAAGACAACUUUCCUCCUGGGUUUAUUAGACGCACCCAAAGUGCUGAAGCUGGCUGCUCAGUCGAACGGUCUGAUCCUAGCUGGAGUUGGCUUACACCCGGUGCAAACAUACAAUGAAAACGACGAACAGAUCGAACGCUCUGUUACUUUGGACGAUUUCGAAAAGUUUCUACCAUACGUCCGCAAAUGUAUCGACGACAAGCAAAUUUGUUGUGUAGGCGAAGUCGGUUUAGAUUUUUCUCCUCAUAUAGUGAGAAACAAAGACAUGCCAGAAGAGCACUAUCGUGAUAUCCAAACACAAGUUUUUCGCAAACAGAUAGAACUAGCCAUCAAAGCGGAUCUGCCGCUCAAUGUGCAUUCACGGUCUGCUGGACACUAUGCUAUUGAAGAGUUACAGAAAGCAGGUGCCAAAAGGGCAGUGUUGCAUGCGUUUGAUGGCAAAGCUUCACAUGCUCUGAAAGGUGUAGAGGCAGGGUACUAUUUCUCAGUGCCACCGUCUAUUAUACGAUCACCUCAGAAACAAAAAUUAGUAUCGUCUUUACCUUUAUCACAUCUUUUGCUAGAGACAGAUUCCCCUGCCCUGGGUCCGACCAAAGGCGACGACAACCAGCCAGCAAAUGCAAUUAUAUCGGCGCAAGAAAUUGCUCGCAUAAAGGACAUAGAUGUUUCGGAAGUGAUUAGAAUUACCGGAGAAAAUGCCCGUCAUCUUUUCUCCCAUAUUCCAUAGCUUAGUUAGACUGUGUGAAGACUGAAUAAAAAUAUUCCUGCUUCAUCAAGCGAAGGAGAAUUGCAUGAAAUUGUAAUUCCGACGCUGAUUCAAGGUUUCCAACACUGGAGAAAA